AUGAGUAGAUAUAAUACAGGUAGACAUCCUUUAACUAUCGGUUAUGCCUUGUGGGUUUUAAAAGGGAAUACGGGUCGUGGGGAGCGGGGAAGCUUCCGGUUGGCCAACAAUGAAGAGGUGGUGACAGUGGUGGAAGAAGAGGUGGCAGCGCGGGUAAGAAGCUUGGAAAUGCGAUUGGGGAUGGUAGGUGUUUUGGACCCGACAGGCCUUUGUCGUUUCCAGGAAACAUUUGACUGGAGGAACAGGCAGGGCCACCCUAGAGGCAGGGCCACCAGCACAACGGGCCAGUAUGUCACCAACUGCAAGAAUCCCUCAUGGACACUGGGCAGCAGGAAUGGAGCCCGUGACCCUAGCAGCAAGUCACACAGCAGACGGGGUGCAGGCCACCGUGAGGAGGAGGUGCCACCCUGCAGCAAGCCAGGUGGAAAUGUCCUUGUAAAUGGGACCAGGAACGUGGAGGCUGCUACUGAGGCCUGCUGGCUGCUGAUGUCCUUGGGAGAUGCAGGGAGAGAGUCCACGUUCAGUGCCAAGGAGUCUUCCUUGCAGAGGUUGGAAGAACUGUUCGGGUGCUACAAGGAUGAGCGGGAGGAAGCAAUUUUGGAAGAAGGCAUGGAAUGUUUUUGCAAUGACUUUUGUGUCGACCCCAUGGAAUUUCGAAUGCUGCUCUUGGCUUGGAAGUUCCAGGCUGCAACCAUGUGCAGAUUCACCAGGAAGGAGUCAUUUGAUGGCUGCAAAGCAGUAAGUGCAGACAACAUUGACGGAAUCUGUGCACAGUUCCCUAACCUCUUAACAGAAGCUAAACAAGCGGAAAAAUUCAAGGAUCUCUACCGGUUUACGUUUCAGUUUGGCCUGGAUGCUGAAGAAGGGCAGUGGUCACUGCAUCAGGAAAUAGCCAUUGCACUGUGGAAACUAGUCUUUACCCAGAACAGUCCCCCAGUAUUGGACCAAUGGCUGAAAUUCCUAAGAGAGAACCCCUCAGGGAUCAAGGACAUCACCCAGGACACUUGGAACAUGUUCUUUAACUUCACUCAGGUAGGUUCUGACCUCGGUAAAUAUAGCACAGAUGAGGCCUGGCCAAGCCUCUUCGAUACCUUUGUGGAGUGGGAAAUGGAGGGAAGGAAAAGAGAAGGGGAAGGGACAUGUGCACUCAGCCCAGGGCCUGAGGCCUUGUGUCCCAAGAAGCAGACUUAA